AUGAACAACUGUAGUUGGAAACAAGGUGGGACAAUACCCCUCACGGAGAGUUGUAGUUCUAUCAUCCAAAGCAACUUACCAAUAAAGCAAAAGGAUCCAGAGAGUUUCACUAUCCCUUGCACUAUUGGAAAUAUGAAUGCUAUAAAUUGUUUAUGUGAUUUGGGUGCAAGUUUUAAUUUGAUGCCUUUUUUUCUUUUUAGGUCUUUGUUUAGUGAUAAACCAGUAAAGCAUACCCAGAUGGUUCUACAACUAGCUGAUCACUCUCUUAAGAAGUCGUAUGGGAUAGUUGAGGAUGUGCUUGUUAAAGUGGAUAAAUUCAUCUUUCCGGUGGAUUUUGUAAUCUUAGACUAUGUGGUAGAUAAAGAGUGCCCCAUGAUCCUUGGUCGACCAUUCAUGAAUACCGGUCGUGCUCUUAUUGAUGUGCAUGCCGGAAAGCACACUUUGAGAAUUGAUGAGAAAAAAGUGGAGUUUGACAUGAAGAGAGUGAUGUGGAACACCAACGAUAGAGAGUUCAUGAGGGUCGAUUUUAUAGACAAGCUUGUAGAGGAUCAGUUGCAGGAUAAUAAGCUUCUCGAUCAAGAAGCAUUUUUGGGCUCCCUUUGUACAAAAUUAAGUGCAAAGAUCUCGAUCGAGACUGAACCUUGUCAAUCGAGACAAGGCAAAAUCAUCCCUUGUCUCGAUCGUGAAGCUCAUGUCUUCAAAGAGACAUGCCCUUUUGAGCUGGAAAACGAUUUUUCAAGAGUUUCAAAGAUUACUUUCCAUUCCGAUGAACUAAAUGAUGAGUAUUCUGAGGAAGAUGAGCCUAAACCGGAGAUUCUAAUCAAGAAUGAGGUAAUUACUCCCCCUUGCUCCAAGGUACCACCCGUUGUUGAGAUGAAACCCUUAACACCUCAUCUCUGGCAUACGUUUGUGGGUGAAAACAAGACGCUUCAUAUCAUCAUCUCCAAUAAACUCUCGGAAGCUCAAGAAAAGAGGGUUGUGCAAGUGGUUAAAAUUCAUGUACUAGCUAUGGAAUGGAAAAUUUCCGACAUCUGA